AUGUCAGGAUAUCGAGGCCGGACUGGGCCGAAUUUUUCAGAGUACCUGAACAAUCUCAAUACUCUGAACACAUCGCCCUACGACCAGGAGCAAUUCGCAACGGACGAUCUCGACCUAAAUCAGGAUUUGGCCAUGUUUACAAAUACUGACUUUACUCAUUUCGAUAUUCCUCUACCCGAAGAUGGCUCGUUCCAGUUUGACCUCAAUGACCCCAAGAACAACCAGAACGUGAAAUAUGAAGAACUUCUUUCCGGACCUGAACCCGUUCGAAAUUAUCAGCCUUCCACUAUGACUACAUCGGCGGCAGAAUCAUCUCCCUACUAUGCCACAUACAACACCCCUAUUCAACCUGCACCAGCCCCAGGGUUUGGCAACGUUGAAAACCCAAACUCCUCCAGUGCUCCCGCAGCAGGUGGCCCGCAUAACUCUCGGAGAAAAGGCGAACCAGUCGAUCUCGACGCGUUAAGCCCUGAGGAGAAGUCGCGAUUGGCAGCUGAGGAGGAUAAAAGAAGGCGCAACACGGCCGCCAGUGCACGGUUUCGAGUCAAGAAGAAGCAGAGAGAACAGGCCUUAGAACGAACCGUGAAAGACGUUCAAGAUAAGAAUUCCAAAUUGGAGGCCAAGAUUGCCCAAUUGGAAAUGGAGAACAAAUGGCUCAAAGAUUUGAUCACAGAGAAGAACGGUCUUCAAUCUAAGGAGGAGAUGGCUGCCGCCUACCAUCAAUACCGCAAAGAGAGUGAGGAACGAGAAGUCAAAAAGUCUAUCGAGCACACGACUGGGGUGGGCACGGAGUGA